UUUAAGUGACCGGGAGCAUAUUUUGACUCUCAUGUACGUUUGAAAGUAUACUCACUGAUUGUCGCCGAGUUUUCUUCUCAUUUCCCGAAGUUAGAUAUAGUUAGAUCACAUCGAUAUGAAGUCAUUGACGGUCCUUCUAGUGCUCUGUUGUAUGUUUUCAGGAUGGACGAAUGCUGAUGACAUGAAUACACAUACUCAGUUACUUCAAAGGAUCCUUAGUGCUUUAGAGCGUGAAGUUGAAAAGCUAGAAGACCAACAUGUUGACAGAGAAAUAGAAGACGAUGAUACACUAAAUGAUCCCCUGGAACGAUUGGCCCAGAUUAUGACACUUGGUAGUAACAGGAAAGGGACGAAUCCGAAGAUAGUGAAUAAAAAGAGUGAUCAAUCGAUCUCUGAAGUAAAUGCUGAAACUAGAGACUCUGAAAUGACUGAAGAGAAAAAAAAUACUGUGAAGAGACUGCUAGUUUCCUUAAUGAAGAAGACUAAACACUGCGGACCGCUCGGUGUGGGUGAAAUCUGCGCUGAUAGUCACGAUUGCUGUUGCGGUUACACGUGCUGGAAAUGGCGAUGUCAAGAUAAACCAAAAGUCAACUCAAACUGGUGGGAUGACCUCCAUCUUUCGUAACUACUGUCUGGUCACUCCUUGUUAAAGGGACACGCUGCAUGGAUUCUUCGAUUUCGCAAAAAAAAAACCUGAACUCUCAAUUCAGUCGCCUUCAACCGCUGCAAUGUUUCAGCUUCACAUUUCCUUCCAGAUUGGUAGCAUUGCAUGCCUGGGCGAAAGACUUAUUCAGUUGGUGAACUAUCAGCACCACGAAUACUGAUGAUAAGUAGUUUUAAGUUGUGAUGUACAUCUCAGAAGAUCAUGCGACGGUAUCUUGACUCACCGCGCUUAUCUUAAGCAAUUAGUUAAUAAUUAAGCAUGCAGAAUAAAGUAAUAUAUAUGCCUAAUUGGACAUAAUUUUCUGUGUAAUCCAUGCUUUAUAUAUACUUGUAGUUAUGGUAAGUAAUAUAAUACUGUAUUUAAAAGCAGUAAGUAUUCGAUAUAAAAUUUAAUAUAUCUACAAAAGACAAACAUAAUAUUGAGGUUAAAUAUUUUACAGUGUAAAACAUAUUUGAAAGUCAGUUAGACUUAAUCAAACAAUA